AUGGGUGGCUAUAAGGAAGCUAAGCUUCCAAUCCGAGCUGAGGUCAUCCGAUCUCGCUCAGCUGGAAACGAGGAGGUUGAAAUCAAUGGCAUCAAGAUUCUCAGAGAUUACCUGUCACAGCAUCCUCCGACAGCCCCACAGCUUCGCUGCAAUUCUGCCUCUAGCAGUGGGCAGCAAAAGUCUGUAGCUCGCCCACAAAGUGGGAUUCCCGCCAAGAGAUGCUCGGCAUGCAGCAAUGUCGGCGAUGGAGUCAUUGCUUGCACCCAGAUCGGGUGUCGGCUGUCCCUGUGCGUCCCAUACGGGUCGAACCAGGCAGCGGCUUGCAUCGAACCUCCUAGUGGGGUUAGCAUGACCGACUUUAUGAACACCUUCAUGUGCCCCGCCUGCUACAAGAGCCGCAGCGCGAUUGCCCCAUACAGGCUCACGAGCCAGGGCCUAGCCCCGCUUGCUGAGAAGUGUGCAGUCGACCACCUGGUUGCUGUAUUCCUCUAUCUGGACGAUCUGCGGGCACGCGACCAGGUGUUCGCGACUCUCAGACAUGAUAUGGGGAUGUACCACAAGGGGCUUAUCACCUAUUCGGCCAAGCUGACGAUUGCGAACACCCGCCCCGACCACCAGGAGCAGGGCUUUGCUGGUCUGGCAAAGCAAAUCGCAGGUGCACGUGGCGCUGCGACCCCCUUUGUUCUCUUCAUCUCUACGCAUAGUGACCCCGAUGGGUUGCUGACGAUCAACAUACCGCGGACAAUUGCUGCCGAACUCGGGUAUAGGGAUAUGGAUGGAAUCGCCAUCCCCGCAGGCGUGCUGCUCUACCGCUUUUUAGGGAAGCUUUGGAAUGCGCUGCCUGUCGGAACAGGCCUGCGAGGCCUAUUCCUGAUUGUCUGUGGUGCAGCCAUAACCAACGCUACCCAGUUCGGUCUGAUCAGUCGCCUCGUAACAGGGUGA